AUGCCUCAGAUCCAAUCCACGUUGGCUUUAAAAGAGGAUGGGACUGUCUCUCGUGGGAGGGAGUUCCGCGGUUCAACUGCGCGGCAUGAAGCAGUCUUUUCUUCAUCUGUCCUGAGUCUUCCGCCAUUCCGCUUCCUCGGAGGUCCAGGCAGAGUCGCAGAAACUCCAGCCCCGUUUCCCAGGCUCAGCGCCCAGAAGCGGGGGCCCCUUCGAGCCGAGGGUCCGUUUCCACGCGGGGAGGACGUUCGCUCCGAGACUCCUCCGAGGGGCGGGUCGGGGCGCGACGGAGGGGCCCUCGGAGCUUGUGCUGCUGCGACGGCGGCGUCGCCCGCGGAGUCCGGGCUCGAGCCCCCGCGGGCCGGGGGUGGGCGAGGGGAGCCUCGGGGGCCGUCGAACUCGACGCUUCCAGCUUCCAAGUCUCUCCGCUGA